AUGUACGCCUACGGUGGCGAAGAUCGUGACAACGGGUUAACAAAUCAGUUUUCGGCAAUUUCGUUCGACGCGGAUGGAAAUGUCGAGCAUAACAAUAUCAACACGCAAGGCCCGCAAACAUCGUACUCCAAAGCUGUGGUCCUACAGGACAACAGCACGGUUGUUAUCUUUGGUGGAUUCUAUGCGGAUACCUCUGGUGACGGCACAGAUCCGAUGCGUGCAAGCCAGUAUUCAUUCAGUCAAAAUGCGUGGUCGGCUUUACCUGGAACACAAGUGGACGUCGGUGCUACAGUAGUUCCUCCUAACCGUCAAGAUCAUACUGCUACCUUGGCAUCGGAUGGACGCAUUUACAUCUGUGGUGGCGAUGACCUCGAUAAUGAGAGUAAUCGUGGAUACUUUAAUGACCUUUGGAUGCUGGAUACUCAGACGUAUACGUGGCACGUACCUAGCGUUACUGGCAUUGAACCAAAACAUCGUUCCGGUGCAGCCGCAGCUCGAGUUACCAACGAAUACAUUAUCUUUUGUUUUGGCCUUGCCCAAUUAAACUACUUUAACACGAUCGAUGUUCUCAAGACAGCCGAGGUGACAGACCCCAGUACGCAGGAGGUAGACUUUGCGUCUGCAAAGUGGGUUGGAGACGUGACCACUGGAGAGGCCCUGAAUGAGCAACCAUGGGGACCCUUUGGUAUCAGUGGUGGUGUCAUUGCCGCAGUGGUAGUUGUGUGCGCUCUUGUGCUAGCCAUGAUUUUAUAUUUGCUUUACCGCUUCCGCCACCGUGUCCGCAGGACCAUCAUGAGAAUACACUAUGGUAUUUGGAAUCCCAGAACUGGUGAGCCACUUUGGGCAGAAACUGCACGGCUGAUCUCCAAGGUCGUCUUGCUUUUCCUCUUUGUUGCAUUCUUUGUCUUUGUUAUCAUCCAAGUACUGCAAAGUCCCAAGGCAUCUUACAUUGUCACAGAGGUGCCUCCUGAUGGAGCAGUAGAAGCUCCAGAUAUUCGCUUCUGCUUUGAAGGAUUUUCUAUCGAGCCUCAAACCAACGAUAGAUUUUACCCUUUGGUCGGCUGCAUGACCGGUGCAGGUGAUUGGUGCGGUGAGCAUCUUACUGUUCUCGACUUGACCAUCCACUCACCGCGCUUUAUUGCCAACAUGGGAAACCGUCGAUGCUACCUGUUCACCGGCGACAAUUUGGAGACGGGAGAGACAUUACACUUUGCAUCCGACACCAUCCCACAAUCCAACAACGGCAGCGAUAUGCAAUUUACGUUUUGGGCUACAGAUCCUUCACAGAAUGGGCGGAUCCAUAUAUCGUUCUACCCAAGCGAGCGCGAUCCCAACCGAGUCCUGUACUUGGACCAGCCAAGUCCGUUGCUAGACCAAAACGAUCUCAGUACCUGGCUUGACGACGACAAUGAUGAUUUCCAAGCAGGCAACACGGUUGAUCUUGAAGUGUCAGAUUAUGGAUACCUCGAAUACCAGCUUGAACGAACAGAGUCUUUGCUCGACAAGGGCUGGAACUAUGUUGGUUUUGCCCCCGUGCACAAUGCAACGCCCAAAGUGACAACGACAUACCGUGUACAGAGUCGCAUGAAUGGUGUUUCCAACUCGUCUGACUCUGGUAGUAUGCUUGCACGGAUUAUUGUAUCACCAGCAAGUUUUGCGACGAUUGUCCAUCGAGAACAAAAGAUCUAUUCUCUCGUCAAUGCUGUUGGGUUUGUCGGUGGUCUUUUGGGUCUGUUUGUCGCAUUCCAGGCUAUCAUGUUUGGUUAUCGUCCACGAUCACCCUUCGGUAUUGUCCAUCGCUGGUCUGUUGGUUCUAUGCGUAAUUCUAUCUCAAGCGGUCUCAAGGAUCGAUUCGAUUUGAAUAAAACGCCUGUGCCUUUGGUGAAUCCAGUUCACAAGCGCUACUCGUUCAGCUUGAGAAAUUAUGGACCGAGAUACGUGGAUGAGGAGGAGGAAACAUAUAUUGACGAUCUCAGUUCGGUGGACACUAGCGAGCAACGGAUGGCAACAGCAACCGGUGUCAUGUCUCCGGCCUCUACAAACGGUGCUGCUGCCGCAACAGCUUCCAGUCAGAUAUUUCACUCUGAAGAAGGUCGUCGAUUGGCAUCCGUUGAGGAUCGUAUGCAGCUGCUCGAAUUGGUGUUCAAGUCGUAUUAUGUGGACGAUGAAGUGUUUCGACGAUUGGAUGUUGCACUCAAGCGGCCGGAGGACGUCGGUAAUCGUGCUUCGCGUCGUAGCUUUGGCGACUAUUUCCGAGCGAGACCAGGAGCAGCGGAGGAAACCCCAGUGCAUCCAGCUGCUGUACCUGUACGUGAAGAGCGCAGAGAUUCGGAUAGCUCAUAA